AUGGAAAAGAAAGAAGCGGCAGUGGUGGUGGUGGUGGUGGUGGUGCUGGGAGUGAUGGUACAGGGGACGGCAGGGUUCCCUUGUGGCAGCACAUUUUUCUCGGCAUUGGUGCAACUGAUCCCAUGCCGGGCGUCGGUUGCACCAUUUAGCCCCAUUCCUCCAAAUGACGCGUGUUGCACCGCCCUCAGGGUCCUUGGCCAACCCUGUCUUUGUGUGCUUGUCAAUGGUCCCCCCAUCUCCGGCGUUGAUCGUUCCAUGGCCAUGCAACUUCCUGAAAAGUGCAAUGUCAACUUUGGUCCAUGUGAAUUGGUGAAGGAGCAAGUCAGGACUUAGAGACUCGGAUGCAAUGGAAUAAAGCAAAGCCGGUGGUUUCCUGCUAAAUAAAUCAAGUCUCUUCUUUUAGUUUUUCUUAUAUUUAGAUUUUAAAUUUCCUCUGUUUCUAGUUAUAGUAUCUGUAUUAAAAAUGUUUCACUGCGACUGCUUUAAUUAUAUAUAUAAAAACUAAACCAACAUAACAUUAUCUUACCUAUACAAGUAUUUGAAUGUUAAAUAAUUCCCUUAUUUACAC